AUGAAACUACGUCCAAUACAUUUGUUUAUUCUACUAUUCACACCAUUCGUAUAUGCUAGUAUUCUAGACCUAGGGUUCAAACCCAACUACUAUCAAAUGGGUGACCAAGUUGAUCUCUUAGUCAAUAAAGUCGAAUCCGACAAAACCCAACUUCCCUUUGCUUAUUUCUCAUUAACAUUUGUUUGUCCCCCUAUGAACAAUGCCAAACCAGUUCAUUUAUCCUUGGGGGAAAUCUUACGCGGAGAUCGUAUUUGGCAAAGUGGUUAUGAUUUGAGAUUUGGAAUUGAUCAACCAUGUUUACGAUUAUGUGAUUUACGUGCAACACAAUCGGGGAUUCGACGUGCAUCGAAUUUGAUUAAAGAUGGAUAUGUUGUUCAUUGGUCAAUUGAUGGGUUACCCGGUGCUACUACUUUUGAAACUAAUAAUCAUCGAAGGAAAUAUUAUGCUGCUGGAUUCCCCAUGGGAUUUGUUGAUGAAAAUGAUAUUAGUUAUUUGUAUAAUCAUGUGAUGUUGGUGAUUCGAUAUCAUCGGGGAGUUACAAAUGGGGAAUAUACAAUCGUUGGGUUUGAAGUGUACCCCAAAAGUGUCAUUAAUGAAGAAUGUCCCGGUACCAGAAAAGAUUAUCAAAAUUUCCCCUUGCUUUAUAAAGUUGAUGAAAAGGGGGAAUUGAUCCAGGAAAGAACAAGGAUUCCUUAUACAUAUUCAGUAUAUUGGAGAGAAGAUAAAUCUAUAGAUUAUGAAUCUAGAUGGGAUUUGUAUUAUGAAAACGAAUCGGGGGAAUCUCAACUGAAGAUACAUUGGAUUUCAUUUAUUAAUUCAACCGUAUUGAUCUUUUUGGCAUCUUUGAUUGUUAUGAUUGUUAUGAUACAAGUUUUGAAAAAGGAUAUACGACAACAAUCCCCAAGUUUACCAAUAACCGAGGGUGAUGUCACUGGAAGCGACCCUGUUGGUAUCAGUGCUUCUGCUAUUACUACUGGCGGAUGGAAGAAUUUAGCCAAUGAAGUGAAUGCUAUUCCUCAAGCUGAAUUGUUAUUAACAACAUUGGUCCUGGGUGGAAUACAAAUGUUGAUUGCCAUAGUAGGAGUCAUUGUAAUAACCAGUCUUAAUUCAAUCAAAUCAAAACAUUAUUUUUUCAAUAAUCAUCAAGGUGCAUUAUUUUCAUUUGCAAUUUUCUGCUUUAUGGGAUCAGGUUUAGUAUCUUCUUCUUUGGGAAUCAUCCUACAUAAGCUAUUCUGCAAAGAGACUCAUCAACAAUACGAUAUAGUCAAGACAUUGAUUUUAUCAUUGAUGUUUAGUGCUGUAUUGCCAGCAUUUUUAUUUGUAUUGAUGUUCAUUUUAAAUUUCUUUGUCUGGGCUCAAGAUUCGUCAACUGCGUUGCCAUUUGGAACCAUUGUGGUGUUUGUGUUGUUGUUUAUUUUGAUUCAAUGUCCGCUAGGUAUGAUUGGAGGGAUUUAUGGUAAUAAAUACAAGUUCAAUCCAAAAAACAACUUGUCAACUUAUGGUGAUGAAGAGAAACUACAACGUCAAUCAAAACAAUGGACGUUAAGGACCAUAUACAGACUGAUUUCGCCGGUGUCGUAUUUCAAAAAUGUCCUUGUAUUUGGUCUUAUCCCAUUCGGAAUAGUUUACGUUGAACUUUUAUUCGUGUUUAAUUCCGUUUGGUUGGAAAAAACGACAUUUUAUUACAUGUAUGGAUUCCUAUUCAUCACUACAGUGAUGUUACUAAUAAUCAUUAUUGAGCUAACAAUUGUGGCAAUUUAUAUAUCCUUAGUCUAUUAUAACGAUGCAAAUUGGACUUGGUUAUCAUUCAAAGUUGGAUCAAGUAUCGCCUGGUAUAUCUAUGCAUACUCAAUUUAUUAUUUCAUCACUGUUUUGAAUAUUGAUGAUUUUGUUAGUUCAUUGUUAUACUUUAGUUAUAUGGGAUUGGCAUGUUUUAUUAUUAGUAUUGCUUGUGGUGCAGUUGGUGUAAUCACGGGUUUGCUUUUUAUCAGAAAGAUAUAUGGAGCGGUUAAGCUCGAGUAG